AAGAAAGCGAGAGAGCAAUGGAGAGGGGGAACGAAGUGACCAAUGAAAACAGUGCAGCACGAGUGGGGAUGACACUUUAUGGCGAUACAGGUGAACAAAUCAUUAUCGAAUACGAUGUUUGUGAGGAGCUAAUGCACGAAUGCAAUCCAUCGAUGGAGAGGGCAUCUUCCGAUAGAAGGGAUAUUCUACAAGAGGCGAUGGAAGGGGCAGAUAUCAUGGUGGGGAAUGGGCUAUAUCAACCGACGCAGCACGGUGAAGAGCACAUUCGAGCAGUCGAGCUUGAAAAUUACCUGCCUUUGGAGAAGAAACCAAGACUCACUUAACAUUUCCAAAAUGGAUCUAUCUGCACUUAACAAAAUUGCUGAGCGCGAGUUCUUGCCCAAGAAGAAAGCCACGAACUUUCAGACGAGAUUCAGCACGAAGAUCGUGGCCGAGAUUGAUGACAGCUUUCAAAUAUUUCUUCCAGAAAAGAUCUCAUCAGCAAUCUUGAAAGAUCAAGAACUUUUCAAUAAUCUCUCUAACACAGCAAAUAAACUUAGUUUAUUUAUAACUGUCGGUAUAUAA